UGGUUGUCUUGCCGCCAAUUCCACCCAACCCUCGCUGCUGAUCGUGACGACAAGAGGUUGCCGGUGACCUCUCCGCCACUAUGGACGACGAGCAGAACAGACAACAAGAAGACUGGCUCAACAGCCGCAAGAACAGGCUCCCCUCUUUCACAGAAGUCCUCUCCCGAAGGACGCGACCACCCGUGGAUUUAUUCAUGUUUUACAUUUUUCUCCAACGCGAAGGUGCAGAAGAUAUCUUGGACUUCUGGCUGGAUGUCCAGCAGCACGAGAACCUUUGCAGGGCAUAUUUCAAAGAUGUCCGAAAGUCAGGCCGGACAAUCAAAGAGGAUUGGCCUCAGUACUGGGAAUACGCACGCCGUCGUGGGUCCAUAUACGGUACAGUCGUUGGACUUCAGCCCAAUGCCGCAAAGCGAAGUACGACGAGCACAAGCGAGGUUAUCAACGACCAGGAGAAAAACGCUAACGCUCACGCUGCUGACGAGAAGCGUGGUUUUCAGCGUUCUACAACGCCUGGUUAUGAGAAGGAGCACACCUCAUCCCUUCCAACUGCUGUGAAUAGUCCAGAUAUUGAUCCACCACGGUCAACAACACCUUUCUCCCUCUCAGUGCGAACACCAACCCUUUUCACUCUCAAACGCGCAUCGCGUGCGCCAACAGUCAUUCCACGUUCCGCUGCAAUUAGUCGUAUGGACCUCAUCGCAUCCGCUGAGCGCAUCUUCUUCCGGUAUCUCUCUCCCGCUGGUACCGUAGAUUCACCGGAGAAUCACGAAAUUUACCUCCCUCCCGCCCUCCGCAUACACACAUUUCCCCUCAAUAGCACCCAAGAGCCGAAAUCACAGAGCGACCUGAAUAUGAUGGCACAUAUUCCUGAUAUGUUCCAUGCCCAGAAGGAGUACUGCUUUAGGGCAAUGGAGCAAGAUGCUUUUCCGCGUUUUCUGAGAAGUAAAGCGUUUGGAAACCUUACUCCCAUGUCUGCAUUAGUCCGACUCGUCGUCGGUCUCAUUGUGCUGUGGAUCGGCCUUGCCGCCGGCUUCUCUCUGAUAUUUCUUGAUGUACAACCUAAAUCAAAACGAUUUUUCCUCUUCAUUCCUUUUGCGUUGGCAAUUUUAUUCCUUAUCUCACAUCAAUACGAACUCGACCCGAUCCUUGUUUUCCUCGGACAGUCAGAGUCGACACCGUUCCGUACGCUCACCAUCCGCGAGCCGUAUGUGAAGAGAUUAUUAUUGGGUCGUGCCAUCUGGGUUACAACCCUCGUCUCUACUUGUGUCGUGGCACUCACACUCCUUUUCUGGGCCGUCCCCGGACAUCGACUAUAGCGAGUGGGUCAAGCAAAGAGUUACUGCGUUUCUGUACUUAUUGGAUCGACCCGUGUUGGAAGGGUACUCAAUGUAUGAUGCUCACGAAGGAGAGCGAUAUUGUUGAUUUUACGCUUGGGUGACAAAAGACUUUGAUCAGCAUUUAUCUUUAGCUAUUCGCCUACUCCCUCCAAGUUGCACCCCGGUCUAGCUCCACCCCCUAAUACUUUGCAUUCCGUAUUUCGCUAUCAUUUUACCCCGUAUACUCCGCCAGUCCACCUUCGUCAUCGCUGUGCUGUGAUGUUAUUUUGUGUCUUUCAUUUCCCUGAUUCCUUUAUGACCUUUUUAUACGUACGUACAUGGUAGGACAUUAGGAAGUUAGACUCAUAUUUUUAAUGACAUGUUUACGGUUGUGGUUAUAUUUGAUGUCAUGGUUGCUCUGCC